UCUUCACGCUUCAUGUGGCCAAGUCCUCCUGGCCCUUUAAGUCCCAGCAGCAGACAUGCCUUCUCCAGGAGCCAUUCCAGGUCACUCCUUCCCAUGGCCCCCAAGACCUGCUCUCCUGGGCCCCAACCCGGUAGCAGGAACUCUGACCCAAGCCUUGCACUGGGUCUGACACCCCCAGGAAGCCCUCAGGGCUGCUCCCAUUCUUGGGACAGACACUGUGGCGGGAGUGACCACUGGAGAUUGUCCUAGGAAUGCAGCAAAGGACUGGUUUCUGGGCUAAAGGCCAGGCCUCCUUGCCCUCCUGAGCUCUAGCACCACUAAAAUCAGAUCAGGAGGUCCACACUUUCAGCUGGCAACCUCUUAGCACAGCCCUGAAUAGGCAGUAGGUGCUCAAUCCUUGCACAACUGACCAAAGUGUUCCUCAGCAGUUCAAACCUGAAUUUCCUCAGCUUGACCCAAAGUUUUGGGACCAACUCAGUUCCUCAAUCCCCCUGUCUACAAAAUGGGUUUGGGUGUGAGGGCAGUGCUCACACCUGCCAGGGUAAAAAGGGUCCUCCCUGUCCCUGGCAGUUCAUCCUCACAACAUGCUGGUGGCCACUAUGACCACAUUCUGCCAAGGAGGCUCAGAGAGGGGAAGGGGCUUGUGGGUAGGGGCCAAAGUAAACAAGAACCUGGGCCUCAAGCACCCAGGGCAGUGUUCUCUCCCUGCGUGAACUUGUCCCCCUCUCGUUGCCCCAGCUUCUCCCAACCAAAGCCCACCUCCUCCAAGUCAUCCCUGCAAAUGCUGCCUCUGCUACUGGAGCUGUCCUCCUCGGAACAAUGAGAAGCCACCUCACCUCCUCUGGUCCAUCCUAACAGCUCUGAGUCUUGGUUUGGGAGUAAGGAGGGGCUGGAAGAGGGCUUGGCACCGGCAGGGAGAAUCUCACUCAGAUGAGUUCUCAGGGGCAUCACCUCUAUCCCCGCAACCCACACCUGUCACUCCCGGUGAGCUCUGGACCUGCCAUGCAGGAGACAGUGCCUGAGAAGUGGAGGUAUGUGGGAGGAUCUGAGGGCAUACAGUAGGUGUUCAAUAAUGGUUUGGGAGAAAAGGAAGAGAGGGAAGGAGAGAGGGAGAAGGUGACCAAAUAAGUGAGUGCAUAAGUAGAUUAGCAUGUAGAGGGAUGGAUAGGUCAGUGGAUGAGCCAUUGAAUGGAGAAAGGAGGGGUGGAUGGGGGAGUGAGUGACUACAGGGUGACUCUGGGUGUUACAGCUAAAGGGGGAGCCAAAAACUUUAAUUACCCACAUGCCCAUUUGACAGAUGAGAAGACUGAGAGAGGGCUGAGGAGAAAGGAAGCUGCUGGGGCUGUGGGGCUGGCCUUUGACCAGCAGCCUCUGGUUCUCCCCCACCUUUCUAUCCCCUCAUCACCCUCUUCCUUCUGCUGGGUGGGAAGGGUUCCAGGAAGGAGACAUUUUCUCCGCCUCCUUGCUCCUUGAGGCCCAGUUUCCGCCAGACCUUGGUGUUAGAGGUGGCAGGGAGGGGGUGGCCCCCGCAGGGGCUAUUUCAGUCAGAGACAGCCCUGCCAGGAAACAGAGGAAGCCGCCUGCUCCUUUGGAGGUGUUGCAGCCUGAGUUGAGGGCAGGAGAGUGGAGAGCCUCAUGUCUGGCCCCCCCCCCCUUGCUCCAACGCAUUUGAGGCCACCAAGGUGCUUCGGGGACAGGAGGCUGCAUAUAAGAAGAUUGCAGCCAAAAGAAGAACCAUGGCUUUGGAAGGUGGAGUCCAGUCUGAGGAGCCUCUGUGCAUGCGGGAAGCAUAAUCGGGCAGCCAUGGAGUGGGACAACGGGACAGGACAGGCCCUGGGCUCACCGCCCACCACCUGUGUCUACCAAGAGAACUUCAAGAGACUGCUACUGCCACCUGUGUACUCAGUGGUGCUGGCGGCCGGCCUGCCACUGAACGCCUGUGUCAUUGCCCAGAUCGGCACAUCCCGCCGGGCCCUGACCCGCACGGCCGUGUACACCCUGAACCUGGCCCUGGCCGACCUGCUCUACGCCUGCUCCCUGCCCUUGCUCAUCUACAACUAUGCCCAAGGUGACCACUGGCCCUUUGGCGACCUUGCCUGCCGCCUGGUCCGCUUCCUGUUUUACGCCAACCUACACGGCAGCAUCCUCUUCCUCACCUGCAUCAGUUUCCAGCGCUACCUGGGCAUCUGCCACCCACUGGCCCCCUGGCACAAGCGUGGGGGCCGCCGCGCCGCCUGGGUAGUGUGUGGGGCCGUGUGGCUGGCUGUGGCGACCCAGUGUCUGCCCACAGCCCUCUUUGCUGCCACAGGCGUCCAGCGUAACCGCACCGUCUGCUACGACCUGAGCCCGCCUGCCCUGGCCUCCCACUAUAUGCCCUACGGCAUGGCCCUCACGGUCAUCGGCUUUCUGCUGCCCUUUGCCGCCCUGCUGGCCUGCUACUGCCGCCUGGCUUACCAUCUGUGCCGCCAGGACGGCCCAGCAGGGCCAGUGGCCCGGGAGCGGCGUGGCAAGGCAGCCCGUAUGGCGGUGGUGGUGGCAGCCGCCUUUGCCGUCAGCUUCCUGCCCUUCCACAUCACCAAGACAGCCUACCUGGCGGUGCGCUCUACAUCUGGGGUCCCCUGCCCUGUGCUGGAGGCCUUUGCAGCUGCCUACAAAGUCACACGGCCCUUUGCCAGUGCCAACAGCGUGCUGGAUCCCAUUCUCUUCUACUUCACUCAGAAGAAGUUCCGCCGGAGGCCACAUGAGCUGCUGCAGAAACUCACGGCCAAGUGGCAGCGACGGGGUCCCUGAGCCCACUGGGGACAAGGACACCUGGGGCCGUGGCGCCGGAAGCCCCACCAACCCCAAACUGUGCAGAGAAUUAGAGCUUAGCUCAGCUGGGCAUGGAGUGAGGUCGCCCCACAGACUCCAAAAUCUCAACCAAUGACUAUUUAUUGAGCUCUUUCUCUGGACUGGGCCGUGUGGGCACAGAGAGACAAGCUCGGACCUGGCUCUCCAGAAGGUCCCAGUCAGCCCUGGAGAGGUAGGGAAGCCAUGUUAAGCUGCUCACAAAAAUGGCGUGUGACAUGCACUGUAAUUGAGGAGCAUGCCGAAUGUUUUGGAGUCACAAAUAAAGGGAGUGAGGGAAGAUGGGAGGAGGAAGUGAGGGCUUCUGGAAAGGAGCAUUUGAGCUGGAUUUUGAGGGAUGAAUAUGAGCUCUCUGGAGGUAUGUGAUGUUCCAUUCAUUCAGCAAAACUUUACCUACACCUUGUGCUUGGGCCUGGGUUGAUUCCAGCGCCCCAGGAGAACAAGUCCCAGCUCUGCCCCAUAUAGGCUCCCAACUACUGGAUAUACUGACAUUUGACAAAGUGAUGUCAAAGCUGUGACAGAGGGAAGCAUGGCUGGCGGGGAGGGGUGAACAGAGGAUACCCAUGAUCCAGUCCAAGGAGUCAGGAAAGAUUUCUCAGGGCGGGGCUGGGGGGCAUCUGAACCAGAUGUUGAGGGUUGAGUGGCAGGUCAGCAAAUGGAAGUGGGGAGCAUGUUCACCAAGCCUGGGAUGGCCCUAAUCUAGACUCUGCGCUGGAGGAGAUGCGUGGAGAGCUGGAGUGGGGGGCAGGCAUAUGGUCUGCUGUGUGGUGUGAAAGUUGAGAAAACAAAAGCUGUCCCAUGGCCACCCUUCAGGCUGUGGGGGCUGAGCAGAGGGAAGAAUCAGGGAGCACUUCUUCAAAGAGUGGAGCUUAAGCCAGGGAGGAAUCCAAAAGACAGAGAGAAGGAGGCUGCUCCUGAUGGAAGGCACUGGCUGCAUAAAACCCAGAGGCAGAGACCUGUUGAAUCUGGCUGCAAAUCAAUAGUGAGUUUCAGUUAAGUCCAAGAGGGGAUGGACUGGGUGGGACCAGAGCAUUGAAUGCCAGGAAGAGCCCCAGACCCCACCUCUCCUCCACCUAUCUCUUCGCAUGGGCCUCUUUCAGCCUCAGGGUAUCCUGAGUGCCUGAGGAACCCUCCACCAGGCCCCCCCCCCCAAGUGAAGGGAAAUAGCCCUUCAAUAUUGCUUCAUUCUAGAAGGAGAAGUCAACUUGAAGAGACUCAGGGCCAUGCCAGGGCUACCAGGAGGCUGCCACAUGGAGGUGCAGAAGUCCUGUGGCCAGUCUCAAGACAGACUGUUCCAUGGGUUCUGCUCCUGCCCUCUCACCUUCAUCGUUCUGGCCUGUGGGUGCCUGGGAGGCUGCUGGAGGCCAUCUCACAGGGGCAUCUCAAACACAGACCUGAGCCUUCAAAAGCUUUGGAAAGGCAUCUUCACUGAAGGUCUCUGAGAAGACAGCCAAGGGAUUCUGCCACAUAAGGCCUCUUUACCUGCUCUCCCCACCCACCCCUCCUUUCGGCCCCACCCACACAGCUCCUCACCCUCUCUGCUCCUUUUCCUCAUAUCUCCACACACACCCCCACCGGACCCCCCCUCACUUCUCCUCCAUUCCUUAUUCCUUCCUCCCAGGUCCCAGCUUUCCACCUGUAGAACAAUUUCACCUGCCCUUGGCUGCUAGUAUACCACUCAGACCCUGUACCCGAACCAGCCUUGACAAAGAGUCUACCUUCUUAGAGGGUAGAGCCGAGAGAGGGCAGGGCAUAGGGACAGGGCAGGGAGGGGAAAGACUGUAUAGCUUACUCAGCAUUUUCCUUUUAGCCCUGUCUAAUCUCCAAGGCUGUUGGGCAAUGGGGGCAUUCAGAGAAGGGCUCUGCGGGAGUUAAACUCCAUAGUAAUGUUGGAAGUGUGCUUGCAGCUGUCUGAGGAAGUGGGAAAACCGGGCCCAAACCAUCUUGGGAACCCAUCAAAAGUGCCCUUGCUGAAGAGGUUGAUGAUAAUUUGGACAGAAGGGACUUUGAUUCUUUGGGUCACAGGGAAGAGAUGUGAGGAAAUGUCAGAAGAUGUAUAUUCCCAACACAAUGCAAUGUCCUGCCAAGUAGUACAGAUGAUGCUUGCCUUGCAUCUUGUUGAGAGUCUGAGAUGAGACUCUUCAGUUGCCUGUCAUGGGGAAGUAGGGCAGCAGGAGAGCGGAAGGCAGAGGGCCUCUGCCCACAGUGCCCAGAGCAUCCCAGAUGACUGUCCUAGCAGACUGCCGAGAAUGGUGACCCUUUCUUUGGUUACUUUUCCAAGAGUGAACAUUGUGGACCACAGGUAAAUUCCAUUUCCAGCAUCCCUUCGCAAGGCAGAACAGCAUAAAGGGUGGAAACUGCAGACCCAGCUCAACCUGAGCGUGUAUCUUGGCUCUACCACUUACUAGUUAUGUUACUCUGGGCAAGUUAUGUAGCCUCUUUGUACCGUAACUUCCCAGGCUAUAAAAUGGGAAUGAUGAUGCUAUCUGUCUUGCAAAGUGGUUGUGAGGAUUAAUACGUGCAAAGCACUCAGAGUAAUGCCGAAACACAGUAAGCGUGCAAUGAGUGUUGCUAUUGUAAUGACUUUGCCUUUUGUGCACACAAGUUCCUCCAGUCUCUCUCUCUAGGAAUUUGCCUAGGAAGUUUCUAAACAAGGGGCUCUGAGCAAGGGAUUUCUCCUUCCUUCACCUGGGGAGGCAGCUGGUCUUUUAAGAAAAAAAACCCCGCACACUUUUUUUUUCCCUUCAGAACGAGGGUCAUAAUCCAUGAGCCCCAUCUAUCUACUCCUACAAGAAGGAAAAGCCAUUUAGUAAUGCCAGUACGAGAGACUCCCGAGUGCCAUUUGGGGAGCUUGAAUUUCCCCCCUUCAUUCUCCCUCCUUUUGUCCCCCUCCCCUAAUCUCUCUCCUCACUUUAACCCAGAGCACACCCGGGGAUAGGGGCUUCAGCUGGGGAUGUCUGCUCACUGGGGUAAAGACAGAGGAGACAUGGACGAAGGUGUGGAGGUAGAGUGUGGUGAGGGGUGGGGGAGCAUGUGGGUUCACAGGGGUCCAAGGUGAUGCUCUGGGCUUGAGGAAGAUUUCCUGGGGUGUAGCAGUGCAGCUGGGGCUUGAAGGAUGGCCAUAAUUAGACUGAAGAAGAGAGGGCAAGUUUGUUCUGGUGUGGGGAACAGCACAGCCCAAGGCGUAGAGGCUGUUGGAGGAAAGAUAGCAAGAGAUUAGGCUGGAGAGUUGGCAGGGCUGGAGAGUAAAAGGCUUGGUGCCAGCCCAGGGGAGCACCGGGGAGCCACAACAAUGACAGCAGUGGCCAUUUGUUGGGCUCUGCACGUCCUGGGCACAUGCAGUGUGCUGUACACACGUUUUCUCACUUAAUCUUUACAAUACCUCCAAUUACAGAUGGGGAUACUGAGGCCCAGAUGUGAGAAUUGACCUGUGAAGGUCACACAGUCUUUCUCUAACCCAGAUACUAGAUGCCCCCCUUGCCUUACUCGACCUGCCUUGCUUCCCUUUCCUUUUAUGACGUGCCUUUCAAGUGCCCACCUGCUUCAGCCAGUGCCAGUAACUGGGGAUCCCCCUAGGAAGUUGUAACAGAGACGGCUAAGUGCCAACUGCAGUAUUAACUCUCCUUUAAUUGGGCACAAGUUCUCCUAGGAUGAAAACUUCAUUUCCCAGCCUUACUUGCAGCUAGGCACGACCAGGUAUCUUAAUCCUGGACAGUGGGAUAUAAGCAAAGUGGCCUACAGCAGUUUAACACAGGAAGGGGAUGAAGGUCUUUAAAAGAUAGGUGGGGUCUGUCCUUUGCCUCCCCUCCCUUCUUGCUGCUUACAAUGGGGGCCUCACAGCUGGGGCACCAUCUUGGACCAUGAGAAACAGCUUGGGUUUCUGACCAUUCCAGUUUGGGGCCACCUGAAUUUGGACUUUUGCACAAGAGGGAAAUAAAUGUCUAUCUUUUUUAAGCCACGAGUUUUUCAGGCCUUUGUUACCACAGCCAAAACAAGUCCCUCUACUUCGCUCCUAUCCUGAGAUGGUGGACCUAGAGGGAGGCCAGGCAGUGUCCUGGACUGGGGUGGGGGCAGGGUCCAGCUUGAUAACAAGGCCUCAACCUGGGUGGGAGCUAGGACUCAGCAGGGUCUGGAGAUACCCAGGAAGGCUUCUUAGAGAAUUGCAAAACUUGGGGAGUGGUCAUGGUGCUUUUGGCUUGAGGCCUGAGGCCAAGGGGGUAGAUGGGUUUCCUGAGGGACAGAGUAGGAAGGGAGGGCCUGGAGAGAACCCUGGGAACUUCAUUAGGGGGCUGGGCAGGAGGAGGAGCCAGAGAGGUGAAAGGUCAAAGCCUAGGGGUUUCUGAAUGAUGGUGGCAGUGGAGGUGUUUGAAUGAGGGAGUAGCAGGAAGGGAGGAAGUGGAGGUGAUGGGUGGAGAAGAAAAGAGAGAAGAAGGCUCCCAGGGAGGCCUGGUCCAGGGAGGGCACUUCCAUGACAGGAGGCAUAUGAGUUGGCUGUUGUAGGUUGAGUACAGGGGCAGGGCCAAAGAUGGAAGAGCCAGAGAAUCAGGAACCAGGGCUUGUCCUUUCUAAUGUGGAAAAGCCCAGGGGCACUGGAUCUGUCCUAGGAAUAGAUGCAGCUUGCUCCUCCCUCCUUCAUUCAUUCUUCCACACACAUUCUCUAUACUCCUCCAAGAUGGCUAUGGGAACACAGAGGCAGCUCUGACCCAGACCCUAUCCUCAGAAAGAACCUGGGGGUGAGAGUAGGGGUGCAGACAAGGAAACUGGCAGUUCAUCCAGUAAACAACAUUUAUUGAGCACCUACUAUGAGCCAGGCAUCAUGCUGAGCAGUGGGUCCCUGCCCUGAGCGAGCUUCUCAUCUGAUGAAACAGAAAGACAAUAAUGAAAUAAAUAUAUACCCUGGAUCAUUACAGCUGGGAGGAGAGCUCAGAAGAACAUAACAAGAGCUAAGGCCUCACUGGGGAGACUAUAAGCUCAUGUAAUGGUCAGGAGCUGAGAGAUGAUGGGGACCAGGGGUUUUGUGACUCAGCAUAAGGGGCAGAGGUUUCUUAGCUGAAGCCCAAUGGUCUCAGAAGGUAUCAGCUCAGUGCAAAAGGGCUGUUAUUGACUCUGACUCUGAACAAGCCCAUUCACUUCUCUAAGUUUCUGUUUCCUUACAUAUAAAACAAUGAUAAUACUACCAGCCCUCCCUAAGCCACCCUAUUGAGCAUGGAAAAGUUAGAGCAGAAUUUUCAUAAAGUACAAAAAAGUAUAAUAACCCAAUAGAAGAGGCACAAACUGGCAUUUCACGUAAAAGGAAACACAGAUAAUAAAAUAAAAACACACAGAGCGAUAUUCGAUCCUAGCUUGACAAUGCCUCCUGGAUGUUGAGUAGUCACAUGGCCUGUUACCCUGAGCUCUCCUGCGCAUGUGCUCCUGGAGUCGUGCACAAUGCUCAGAGCAGCACUAUUUGCAAGAGCAAACACCUGCAAACACUAAAAUAUCCGUCCAUGAGAGAGUGGAUGAAUAAUACACUAUGCUAUAUUCACACAAUGGAAUAUUACACGCAGCCAGAAUGCACUACAUGGAUGUGUGACGAUAUGGAUAAACCUAAGCAGUAUAAUAUUAAGUACAAAGUAAUCUCAAAAAAUUACACAGAGCAAGAUGCCCUUUUGUAACAACUAAAAUGAAAAUAUAUACUUUGAAGGAAUACACAGAUGCAACAAAACUACACAAAAAGGAAAGCAAAGGAAUGCUGAACACAGAAGGUAAUGGUUAUUAUUCGGCGUGGUACGACAGCAGAAGAAUGGGUGGUAGGGAACCUAUAUGAUGAGAUGUAGGACAUUAUCAAGGUCCUAGUUGUUUUGUGGUGGGAGCCAAUUAAAGAAGUGGUGAGAAUGUGUCAUGAACUAAAGGUUAUAAAUAAUCCAAUACUGUCCACUUGAGGUCUAAUUAUACAGGAAAGGGGACAAUCCCAGGUCAUUUCUAAUUAACUUGGGGAUGGAGUCAGGAGUCAGAUUCCCCCUAAGACAGUUCCUUCCUGGAGGUUAUUGCUUCUUCUUUUUCUCUCUCUCACUCUCUCUCU